AUGUGUUCUUCGAAGACAAUCAACAUCGCUGCGAGUACGCAGAAACUCGAUGUGGAUAAUCGUAUUGCUCUCCGAUUCUACUACAGGAUCGCUGAUAAUAUCCUCAAACAGGUAUUUCUCCUCUACACUGCGUAUGAUAUGAACACCAACGAAUUCGGUAGGAUUUCAUUUGCUUUUGCUGAUAUCUUUCGCGCAGAGAAAAAUAUUGUCGAUCUAUAUAUCAUGCUCCUAAGAUUUUCUAGUUUGGUCUCUGAGACAAUACCAAAUCACCGAGAUUAUAGGUCCUCUCCCCGAAGCAAAAAAGAAAUUCUGAGAAAGAAAUUGUUAAAUGCUGUGAAUGAGCUGGAGACAUUGAAACCAAAGGUGCAACAGAAGAUCGAUGAGUUCAAUAGCAGGCGAGCAUACCACCGCCACAAUGGGCGGGAAAAAUGUCAUUCGAAUAGUUUGUUGGUUUCUCCUGUGAAAAAGCAAACUUUGGCUAGAUAUGAUCAAACAAAGGCAGUCAUACCAACCACUGGAGAGUUUGUUUACCAAGGAUCAAGGGGCCAGCAGUUUUCUAGUGUAAGGCCUGUGGAAGAGAAUAUGAGGAGACUAUCUCUAGGUCUCCUACGGCCAAAGGAGGAAACUCUCUCCAAACAUUCAAUUCUAGGUCCCAAUGGGCUGAAAGGUCAACGGCAACAACAUGCGAGUGAUAAAGGGGUCUUGUAUCCAACCAUCACAGAUCUGUCUCCAGUUGAAAUUCCAAGGUUAUGGCCUAUUUUUCUGCAGUUUUUUAUGUUGUUGGCCUUUCUAAAUGAUGUUCAGUUGGUUAAGCUGUGGGACAUCCACCCUUUUUCCCAUUCGCUUAUUCACUCCCCCUUCCUCUACCUUCACAAACCCUUGGAAGAUGGAUCUCUGAAUGAGAAAGAUAAUAGCAUUUCAGAACAAUAUAGAUCAGAUUUAGAGUCAAUUCUUACCCAGAGUGACAACUGCCAGGACAAGCAUGCUGAUGAAGCUCCUUCUCUUAUCUCUUUUGAAGCAACAGAAAUCCCUACUCAAAUAGAGAUUAUCAGACAGCCUUCUCCUCCACCUGUACUUGCUGAAGUACAAGAUUUGAUUCCAGCAGCGUCACCUCAUGUUAUUGAAGAAGGAUGUAAAACAGAAAUUCCAACAUCGGAUGGUAUUGUUCAUGGCGAGUCUCCUCUUCAACUACACAUUUCAACUUCUAUAAUGAAGAGUUUUAUGGAGCUUGCCAAGUCAAACACUGACAAAAAUUUGGAGACUUGUGGUAUUCUUGCAGGUUUGCUUAAAAACAGAAAAUUUUAUAUUACCGCUCUAAUAAUCCCAAAGCAGGAGGCAACAUCCAGUUCUUGUCAAGCUACAAAUGAAGAGGAGAUAUUUGAAGUACAGGAUAAGCAAUCUCUUUUCCCCCUUGGCUGGAUCCACACACAUCCUACACAGUCUUGUUUCAUGUCAUCUAUUGAUGUACACACCCAUUACUCAUAUCAGAUUAUGUUGCCAGAAGCUGUUGCAAUAGUUAUGGCACCAACAGACAGUUCCAGAACCCAUGGAAUUUUUAGGUUGACAACCCCCGGUGGAAUGUCGGUUAUAAGACAAUGCCCGCAACGUGGCUUUCAUUCACAUAAUCAGCCUCCAGAUGGUGGUCCCAUUUAUGAUACAUGCACAGAUGUUUACAUGAACCCAGAUUUAAAAUUUGAUGUCAUUGAUCUUCGAUAA